GACACCUGUAAAUAAAUUAAAUAAAUCAGCUGCUAUCACAUUUUAUCCUAAACACAUAUUGUUGUUUAAUAGCUUUCAAAAUUUGCAUAAUGAUAAUUGACAAUACUAACCUCGGCAUAGGCUUAAAAGAAGAAGAAUGUUCUGAAUGGUCACUUAAUACCCCUAUCCAUAUUGCUGUUAAUGAUAAUGAUAUCUUAAAGCUAGAUAAUCUUUUAAAAGAUGAAAGAUACAAGCAUUUAAUCAAUUGUCAAAACAGAUUUGGCUGUACACCAGUAAUGUUGGCUGUCAAAGAUAAUUUAUUUAAAAUUUGUGAGAAACUUUUAAAUCAUGGGGCAAAUUCAGAUAUAGCUGAUAUAAAGGGUCAAACUUGUCUAAUGGUUGCCACUUAUAACAAUCAAGCACAGUUUGUUGAAUUGUUAUUAAGUUAUCAUUGUAAUCCUGAAGGCAGUAUCAACAACUUAUCGUCUCCUAUAUAUAUUUCAUCAAUGAUGGGUAUGACUGCUAUAACUUGUAUUUUAUUGAAAUAUGGAGCAAAUCCUAACCUAUGUAGAGUCAAUUUGGGGCUAAUAAGUACUCCAUUAGGAAUUGCAAUAUCUAAGUGCCAUGUUGAAAUUGUUAAAAUUUUGCUUAACCAUAGAGCAGAUCUAACAUUUGUAGCUCCCUCCCAUUUAAUCAAAAAAUCCGUCAUCCUGAAGCCUAUAAAUUCAGAGGAACUCCUUAAUACUUCCCGAUUAACAACAAAUUCAAGUAACACACAAUCGUCGGCCUCAAAGCCCAUUAUCUCCAGGCAAAAUUAUUGUUAUUUAGCCUUAUCUAUGUACCAAAAUUAUCCCUGUCUUAACUUAAAUGAAAGUGCCAUUUAUGGUGACUCCGAUGGAUCUAUUGGCGUUCACAUCAAAAGGAGAGACAUAUUGGAGAUACUGCUAGCUUGUGGAACUAAACCCUACCUUAUUUACAAUAAGGACUGUAUCGAAAAUGCUAAGGAAGAGACACCAUUAGUUUCGUCUACGAUAAUGAACCACCAAAAGCUUCACAUGGCUUCCUUUUGGGGCGGCUUUGUUUCCAAAAUCAAGUCCCAAUCAUCUUCUAGAAAAACUGAUUCCAAACAAGAAAAGUAUCUGUACUGUAAUAUGGAAGAUAGCCAGAAUGGUAAAGUUAAUAAAGUCGGGGAUAUGACUGACGUGGAAGAAAUUCACUAUGCGGAUAAUCUAGCUCACUUACUUAAUAUAACAAAUUUACCCUUACCUCUAACCUGGCUAACAAGAAUCGUAAUCAGAAACUGUUGCCUAAAAAAUGGAAAAUCAUUGGAAGAGAGCAUAAUAUUCGAUAAAGACAUAUUGCUAUUACCUCAAUAUAUUCAAGAUUUUAUAUUGUUAAAACGAUUGUGGAAAUAAACAAAACGUCCUUUUUUAAUAAUAAAGAAAUUUUUAAAAGGCGCCUAUGAAAAAUAUUUACGGGCCCGGUUGGAAAUCCUUGU